ACUACUGAAAAAUGGCCGCUUCCGCCGCUGUCUCGGCCAGCCUGUCAGAGUUAGAACUUACCGCUUGCCCAACGUCCGCCGAACUGGUCGGACGAUCGGGGCUGGCGCAUACGGCAAAUGUGGUUGAAGUCGCCAUACCCGAGCCCUCUGCGCUGCCAAAAGUACACACGACUUUUUCCUAG